AUGACGGAGAAGGAGCUGGACUUGGGAAGCAAGACCCAGCGAGGUGUUAAGGUUGAGAUGACCCUCCUCGGCCACAUAGUCUUCCGAGACCUGUCUCCGACUGGCGAUGGGUCCCGGCUUCACGCGGUGCUACAUCCCGGCAUGCCCGACACUCCGGUUCUGCGCCGCGGCGAUCCCGUUCUGGGUUCCUUCUUCAUCAACAGGCCGUUUGAUGGCAGCCUGCUCGUGCAGAACACCUGCGUGGAGUGGAGGCUCGGUGAGGAUGAGGGCGUGUAUGCCAAGCAAGGCGAGAACAACGAACCCCUCAGGCCAGAUGGCGGUGCCUUCGUCCCGAAGUGCGUAGGCGAUGCCAUCCUCAAGGUGGACUGGGUCGAGCUCCGGUAUGGUGCACUGGUCGAGGUUCGCCUGAGAUAUGGCCCAGAGUUGCAGGAUGUCGCGCCUCAGUAUGCCAAGCAGUUCGAUCAGGCCAAGAAAGAUGCACGCAAGAAAGGCCGAAAAGGCGGCGCAAUGUGCUCCAUCCUUGUCCAGGUCUUCCCGCCGAGCUACAGGCCGUCCGAUGCGGAGACUCAAGAUGGGGGCACCAUCAUUGACGAGAGCAUCCCAAAGGCAAGGGCCAAAGAACUCUUUAAAUCACGCACCUGGUGCCUACGCAGCAGUGCUGCUUUUGCUGUCACCCACAGGUUCCCUGCUGAAAUCCAGCUCGCGGUCUGCAUCUUGUGGUUGCAUGGGUGCCAGAUGGUUUUCAAAGACCCCACAGUCAAGGACCUCAUAGCCAGCAUCGAGACGGCCACGAAGGAAGCGAACGAUGCCUACGAGGUCUGCACAGAUCUCGUCCGAAAGGUUGGCAACACCUUCCAGGCCCUCGAUCCUGAGCUGAAAGACUUGAAGGAGCAGAACUCAAGGCUAAUGCAGAGGAUGGCGGCGGUUUCUAUGGACAAAGACACCGUCAUCAAGUCCAGCACAAACUCCAAGGAACAGGCCCUUCGCCGAGCGACGGCGAAGGCCAAGCUGGACAAGCAGAUGGUCCUUUUCACGAAGUACGACGCGAACAAGGACGGGGUCUUGGAUAAGAAGGAGAUCGCGAACUACGCGAAGAAGGAGUUUAGCUUCACAGUUCCGGAGCCGGCAAUGAACUCCCUGCUCCAGGUCCUGGUGGAUGAAGGAGCCAAGGGUGUGAAGAAGGCAAACUUCCACCGGGUGCGAAUCCACGUUGGCAUGGCCCGCGAAAAGGCCAAGGAUUUGAAAAGACGGAAAGCUCGAGAAGCCAGGGAGAAGGAAAUCGAAGAAAUGAAGGAAGCCUUCAAGACAAAGGCCAAUCCCCCGCUCUUCCUCUGCUGGAAAGCAGUGUGCACAUUGCUGGACAACAUUGCCCGGGCCCCCGAGAAUGAGAAGUUUCGACAAAUCCGAAAGAGGAAUCCUACCAUCGCCCGGCUCCUCGGCGUUGAGGAGGAGGGUGUGCUGCGAAGCGCCGGAUUCGAGGAUGGCCCGGAAGAGACCUUAGUCUGCCUGGGGGCCGCUCCCGAGCUUCCGGAGGUCCUCAAAGCUGCAGCUGUUAUUCGGGACACCUUGAGGCAGAAGGAGGCUGAGUUGGGAGGCGAAGGCGCCGGCGCGCUGCUCUGCUCUGAUAGCCGCGUGGCGCAAGCAAUCGAGUGUGCCGUGCUGGAUUACGCCGCGCAGCGGUCGGCCGACAUGGCCGAGGCCGAGAAGAAGCGGAGAAGAGUUGAUGAGGCCGAUGGCCUACGCUCGCCCACAAGGUGGAGGGAAACCCUCGCUCAUGCAGGUGGAGGCUUUCUUUGCGAUGGCGGGAUGCUCGAGGCAUGGCUGGACGAGGCCUCUGCCAACCGCUCCCUGGCGUUCGAACUGCUUCAGCUGCAGGACAAGGCCAUGCGCUGGUACACCACGGGAGCCCGAAGGCACUGCGAGUCCUUCAGAGGACGGCUCCUGGAUGCUGCGAAGACCCUGCAGACGGCCUUUAACGACACGAUCUGGCCCGAAAGGGAUGAUGGCACCAUACCUCUGCCGGAUGGCUUAUUCUCAGGCCAGGCAGAGAAGAAACAGAAACACGCCGAAGAGGUAGUCGACUGGGCUCAGAUUCCCCGCCAGGAUUGGCUUGAGUUCACGAGCGAGCCAGAAACCAUCGCCCAUACUGAUCUGCUGUCAUCGGAUUGGGUACAAAAGACCGAGGAGUGCAGAGAGCACGACUUGGAUCCCGAGGGCGAGGCUGCAUUCUACCACCCCUCCUUCCGGUUUAAGCAGCCGGCCUUUGCUGUGCAUAUUCAGCUUUUGGAGAAGCGGAAAGGCAAACCACAGCAGAAGAUCUGGGAUGUGAUCUACGCUGGCGGGGCGGGUGCUGACAACGAGAUCGUCCGCUCUGCCACACCCAACGGCGGUUCGCAUCCACUCUUCCGGCAGUUCUGCCAGCCUCUGUCCGAGGAGACCCGCUAUGAGCUGCAUGUGACGGACGUGACCCGGAACAGGAAAGGGAAGCCCAGGAAAAGCUUCGACGAGAUCCUGGAGCUUCGGCCAAAGCCGGAUCUUCCACGCACCUUCCACCUGAAGAAAGGUAUGAAAGUGCCGAAGAAGUUCUCUUUUGACUACUGGCUCCGAAAGGAGAAGAAGGAGCAGGAUCGAGAGAAGAAGCUGAACUUCCUGAUGCAGGGCCUUGCCUGGAGUCCUCGAAGGCCACUGAAAGUGGCAAAGAAGAACUUUCCAGAUGGCCCAAUUGACUUCUCCCCGUGGACGAUCGACCCAGAGACUGGUGAGCGGGUGCUGAAGCCGCUGAUCACCGAAGAGCUGGCACAGCUCCGUGAGGCUGUGUUCAGCUAUCCGGAGGAGGGGGGUGCGCCCCCUCGACUUUUCCGCGAAGCUGCCAUGAUGUCCAACCGGCUUGAGGCCGACAAGGACAUCGAGCUGAUGCCAAAGCCGCACCAGCAGUCACACGAGUUGGCGGAAGCGGAGCAGAGAAUAGCUGCGUCAGACGAGGCCAUCAAGAAGGUCGAAGAGGCAGCCAAGCCCAUGCACCUCCAGGGCAAGGAGAUGAAAUCUGCGGAGAUGUUCACCUUAGUGGAUGACCUCGAGCAGCAGAUCAAGGAGACCAAAGCGCCCUUCGAGGAGCUCAAGGCGGACAUUGCCGGCUGCAAGGAGGGCGCGGCGGACGAGAUUCUCCUCUGGCUCAACAACCAGGUGAAGCUGCUUGAGCUGAAGUUUGCCAAGCUUGAACCUCGACUGGGACUCCUUGGCUCCAGCUGCCUCAGGUUUCGCGAGACGGCGAAGGGCAGGGAGAGGUCAGAGCUGAAGUCCGUGGAGACCAAGGCGAAGGACAUGCUGAGGUACCACCAGAAGGCCAAGGACAUGACAGCCGAUCAGCUAGCUGAGGCCAUCGAGGGAGAUGGCGACACCCUCAGUGAGGACGCCUUCCUGAGCUUCUUCCAGACCUGCGAGCAGGAGCCUGUGGAGGGGGCAGAGAAUGGGCAC